GGUGGGGUGAGGCGGCGCUGGGCUCGGGCUCCGGCUCCGCGGGCGGAAGAGGCGGCGGCGGCGGCGGCGGCGGCAGCAGCGGCAGCAGCCGAGGAGGAGGCUCCGGACGCUGCUCAGGAACCGGGGACCCCGGAGCGCCCGCUCCCUGAGCGCUCAGCUCUGGAGGCGUCAUGGCCGAGUACGGGACGCUCCUCCAGGACCUGACCAACAACAUCACCCUUGAAGAUCUGGAACAGCUCAAAUCAGCCUGCAAGGAGGACAUCCCCAGUGAGAAGAGUGAGGAGAUCACUACUGGCAGUGCCUGGUUUAGCUUCCUGGAGAGUCACAACAAGCUGGACAAAGACAACCUCUCCUACAUUGAGCACAUCUUUGAGAUCUCUCGCCGUCCUGACUUACUCACUAUGGUGGUUGACUACAGAACCCGUGUGUUGAAGAUCUCUGAGGAAGAUGAGCUGGACACCAAGCUAACCCGUAUCCCCAGUGCCAAGAAAUACAAAGACAUUAUCCGGCAGCCCUCUGAAGAAGAGAUCAUCAAAUUGGCUCCCCCACCGAAGAAGGCCUGAGCAAGGGGGAGGAAGAAGAAGAGGUUGGACCUUCAUCGGACCAGUCCCUUCCCCCAUCCUCCAUGGGAGGGGGCAAGGACAACCCCCCCCAUCUACCCACUUACUAACCUGGUCCUUAACCCCCUUACCGUGCGCGUGUGUGUGCGUGUGCGCACGCUCUGGCUGUCUGUCUUUAUGUCUAGCUCAUCUAGUUCCUCCUCCUUGUGAGGGGAUGGGGGUCAGGGGCUUGCGGGGGGGUGGGGCUUGGUUUCCCCACUCUAGGGAGAGGGGGGCUAUUUCUAUGCAAAUAGAAAUUGGCACAUUCCUCCUCCUUACCUUUCACACCCCCCCCCCAUCUUUAAACUGUGGAAGCAGAAAGUUACCUGCAUUUUCCUAUGUUGAGGAGCUGAGGUGGGGGUGAGAUGAGAGGUGGGUGGAGCUAAGGAAAAGCAGUGGGGAAGGAAGGUGAAGAGGCCACCAACCCCCUUCUGGAAGGGGCAAAGCAAAGCUGGAGUUCAGUGUUUGUAAUCCCCAUGCUAGACUGAAGAGUCUGGCUUUCUGCUGUUCCUCAGACUACAGGCCUAGGUGCCAGCAGGUCCUUUUUUGGCAUCCUUCCCAUGGGCCUAGAUGGGUCUGAGCCAGGAAUCUAAUGAGAGAAGACCACCAGAUCCUUUCCUGGUCCCAAGGAUCAAACCCCACGAGCAGCUGGCGUUAGAUACACCUGCCCACUUUUGCUCUGGAGAGGCUCUGCUGGGAACAUGCACCACUGAGCCUAAGAUGGGACUGGGGGCAGAGAGGGAACCACUUGUCCACUCCUUUAUUUCUACUCAGAUGGUUGGAUAUACUGACCCUGAGCUUAGGGAAGAGGUUGUGGAGAAUGAGAUCCUUAGGUUUUAACUCCAAUCCUGCCCCCACUUCCAGGGUUCAAACAAUUACAGGCAACCUUUCCUUGCUCUACUUGGUCUAGAACACCCGAAGCCAGAAAAAAAAGUUAACAGUGUUUUCCUUUGCACUGAUCCCCACCCAAUUCAAUCCAGGAGGGAACUUGGUAAUCACCAUUCUCACUCGAUAUCCUGGCCCCUUGGGCCUGUGGAUGCCUUGUAGCCGAAUCACUAGAGUACAGUGAGUGACCCCAGCCUCCUGCCUGUUCCAAGAUGCUCUUCCUCACCCUGACCGUGCUAACUGUGUGUACAUAUAUAUUCUACAUAUAUGUAUAUUAAACCCGCACUGCCAUGUCUGCCCUAUUUUGUGGUGUCUAGCAUUAACUUAUUGUCUAGGCCAGAGCAAGGGUGGGAGGGGAAUGCCACAGUGAAGGGAGUGGCAGAGUCAAACGGCUACACAGUCCAAACAAAAAAGAAAGCUUUUUUGCUUUAAAAAACAUUAAACUUACAAGCAGUCUCAGAGGCUAUUUGGAGAAAGUUGAAGUUAAGAGCUUUUAGGAUGUGGGAGAAAAACUUCAGUUGGGUGGGGGUUGGGCUGGUUGUUGAAAAGGGAAGAAGCCAGACUAGUUACAGAGCAUCCUCAACUACUAGCCCAGCCCAGCCCAGUCUGCCCAUCCCCUCUGGCCACUGCUAUGGACACCUGCCUUAACACACACCUUGAGGACUCCACGGUUUUGCCUUAAAGUUUCUUUUGAAGUCUCCCCAGCCCUGUCUGGCUUCUCCUUUAAGAAGAGAGAGACAGUUGUAGAACUGAAGAGGGGGAAAGUGAACAUGAACUAUCCUUUCAUUCUGGAUAUGCUAUGUGAGAGUGAAAGUGAGAGAGAAAGAGAGAAAGAGAGAAAGAGAGAGGAGACUACCUUAUGAAAGAAACAAGAGAAGGGAGACAGGGUUAUUUUUAGCAGAGUCUAAUAGUUUCUCCAUAAGGCAAAAUAAUCUAAAAAGACUAACCUGCCCUCCAACCCUUUGUACUGCUGUGAGAUUGACCCUAUCCUGUGCUCCUCUGUCUGCAGUGUGCACGGCCUUGUUCUAACCCUGGAAUAAAGGUGACUGUACUGUA